GGAGGGGCGUGGCGUAAGGUCUGGCCUCUCCCGAGCCUGGGGCGAGCAGCUGAAGGACUGACUAGGCUAGGCCCCGGGUUAAAUUGGGGUCCGUUCCCGUGUGCACGUUCUGGAUGAGAGGACGAGUAAGACUAGGACGAGUAAGACUAGUUAACCCGAGAGAGCCCGUGCCGAAAUUGACUUGCAGCGUCCAGCACUCUAGUUGCGAAGAGGAACUGCAGCCUUGCUGUUGCCUCAACAGGUCUUUUGUCCAUAUCCCCUCUGCUCCUCGCAUCCCGUUUUCCACGGUUCCUAAGAGUUGAGGAAAAGGCAUGCCUUUGCCUUCUACAUGGCUUCUGGAGUUGGUGGAAACUUUAUCCAGAAACUUUUGAUAUACUUAUUCACCAAGGAGUCUUCCUCCCUUCUCUCAAACCUUCCUUCUCUGUGAACUUACUCCCCCCCUGGCCUUUCCCAAACCUGAACCAAAAGUUAGCAGUCUUUCUUCCCUGUACUCAUGGCGACCUCCACUGCUAGUCCCAGUUCGCCUCUUCGAGCAGAAGAUCUCCUGAGUGAUUCAUCAGAGCCCCCUGGGCUCAACCAAGUGUCCUCUGAGGUGACUUCCCAGCUCUAUGCUUCUUUGCACCUCAGCCGGCAGGCCGAGGCUACUGCUAGAGCUCAGAUGUAUUUAGCCUCCUCUUCCCCACCUCCUCAUGAGGCAUUUGAUGGCUUGGCUCAAGAGCUGAGUCGCAGCUUGUCAGUUGGAUUGGAGAACAACUUGAAGAAAAAGGAUGGUUCCAAGCAUAUCUUCGAGAUGGAAAGUGUUCGGGGUCAGCUCCAGACCAUGCUCCAAACCUCACGUGAUAUGGCCUACCGGGCUCCCCUCACUUCAGGAGCUGGCCCAGAAAGACGAGACGACGACUCCUUUGACAGUGAAAGCACAGCUACCUUGCUCAACACCCGGCCUCUGCAAGACUUAUCUCCAUCCAGCUCUGCCCAAGCUCUGGAGGAAUUAUUUCCCCGCUAUACCAGCCUUCAAACAGGGCCCCCACUUAACCCACCAGAUUUUCAAGGGCUGAGAGAGGCACUGGACUCAGAGCACACCCGUCGCAAGGUGAGAUGCAAAGGCUUUCUUCUGGAAACAGUAACCCGUCUAGAGCAAAGUCUUUCUGAAGCUAUGGAGGCUCUGACUCGUGAACAGGAAGGAGCCAGACUACAGCAUCGGGAGCAAGAGGCCCUGGAGGAGGAAAGGCAAGCUCUGGCCCUGAGCUUGGAGGUAGAGCAGCAGCGGUGCCGUGCCCUGCAGGACGAACGGGAUGAGGCUCGUGCUGGGCAGCUCAGUGAGCUCCGGAAGCUGGAGACUCUUCAGGUUACCCUAGAAGAAGAGCGGCAGGCUUGGGCCCAGCAAGAGCUCCAGCUAAAGGAACGCCACCAAGCACUGCAGGAAGAAAGCCAGGCUCAGCUGGAAAGGGAAAAGGGGAACAGUCAGAGGGAGGCCCAGGCAGCCCGGGAGGUCCAGCAACAGUUGGCGCUGGUGCAGGCCGAGGUGCGGCGUCUGGAAGGAGAGCUGGACACAGCUCGGAGAGAAAGAGAUGCUCUGCAGCUGGAAAUGAGCUUGGUUCAGGCCCGGUAUGACAGCCAGCGGAUCCAGAUGGAGUCAGAGCUGUCUGUGCAGCUGGAGCAGCAGGUGACAGAGCGGCUGGCGCAGGUGCAGGAGAACAGCCUGCGGCAGGCAGCCUCCCUGAGGGAGCAACACAGGAAGCAGCUUCAAGAGCUCAAUGGACAGCAUCAGCAGGAACUGGCCACCCAAUUGGCUCAGUUCAAGGUAGAAAUGGCAGAACGAGAGGAACGGCAGCAGCAGGUGGCUCAGGACUAUGAGCUCAGACUGGCACGGGAGCAAGCUCGAGUUCGGGACCUACAGAGUGGGAACCAGCAGCUUGAAGAACAGCGGGUGGAGCUGGUAGAACGACUCCAAGCCAUGCUUCAGGCCCACUGGGAUGAGGCCAAUCAGCUGCUCAGCACCACACUCUCAUCUUCUAACUCGCAAGUUCCUCCUGCUGAGCCCUCUAGCCCUGGGUCUUUGGAGCCAGAGAAGGGGGAGAGGAGAAUGUGGAGUGUGCCUCCUGCAGCUGUGGCCCUGAAACCUGUGCUGCAGCAGAGCCGGGAAGCAAGGAGCGAGCUGCCUGGAAUACCUCCUGCCCACUGCAGUUCCUCUCCUGAUCUUAGUCUCCUGCUGGGGCACCCUUUCCAGAGCCAGAACUCCUUCCAGCCCCUAGAACCCAAACCUGAUCUUGCUCCAUCUUCAGCUGGGAUCUUCUCGGCACUGGGGACCUUUGAUGCUGAUCAAAGGGCAGAACGGCCAUUUCCUGAAGAAGAUCCUGGAUUGGAUGGGGAUGGUUUCCUAAAGCCAGCACUGCCACCUGCAUCUCAGCUCCAGGGUCUUAAGAAUUUUUUGCAGCAGCUGCUGGAGACUGUACCCCAGAACAAUGAGAGCUCUGUUGACCUGUUGCCCCCUAAGUCUGGUCCUCGAAGUGUCCCAUCUUGGGAAGAAGUCCCUCAAGUGCCACGGCUUCCACCCCCGGUCCAUAAAACUAAAGUUCCCUUAGCCAUGGCAUCUGGUCUCUUCCGGGUCCACGAGCUUCCCUCAUCCCAUUCCCAAGACAGUGGUCCCAGUACUGGUUCUCCAGAGAGAGGUGCAGAAAUGCCUAACUCCCCAAGGCAGCUGAUGGAGUUGUCUCAGCUAUUACGACUGUACCAGGCCCGAGGUUGGGACACUGUGCCUUCUGAGGACCUGCUUCUCUCCCUGAAGAGGCUAGAGCACAGCAGGACUGAUGGCCGAGGGGAGACUGUCCCCAGAAGGAACACAGACUCCCGCUUGGGUGAGAUCCCCCGGAAAGAGAUCCCUUCCCAAGCUGUCUCUCGUCGUAUUGCUACAGCCCCUAAGACUGAAAAAGCUCCUGCACGGAAGAAAAUUGGGCACCCUGCCCCCAGUAGCGUGAGGAGUAGGGGUGGGGUCUGGAGAUGAGCUCCUACCCUUUCUAAGGGCUUUCUUCUCCUCUUCCUCUUCUGCUUUUUAUUUCAAUAAAUGGUUAGUAUGUAUUAGAGUCUCUGACUCAGAGGAAUUUGGGAAAUGGGGUUCUACAGGAAGGCUACUUUGUAAAAAAAAACAACAACCCUUUAUUCUAUUUCAGUAUUUUGUAUAUGUUACAUAUUUAUACGCUAUUUUCUGUGGGAAAAGAUCAAUACUAUGUAAGAAUUCUAUGAAUUCUGGAAGUUGGAGUGAGCUGAAGUUCAGUGUUGGUAUAGAGUAAAAUCUAUAGAGUGAUUAGUGAUUGGUACUAGAAUUAUGAAUGACCCUUACUUUCUUUUUUAUACAUUUUUUGUACUUUAUAAAUUUUCUAAAACACAUGUUAUUUUAACAAUCAGAGGGGAAAAUUGUUAAUAAAAGAAUAAGCUGUUGUG